UCGCCGGUGUUGAUGGGUCGGCCAGUCGGGAGGAACAGAAGUUUGUUAUGUGCUGUGUUUUUACGCAGGCGCAGAUCACGCUGUUUGUCCAGUUCUCGCUGGUUGACUUUUACCUGUGAGGUAGACUAGUUUCGCUUCGCCGGUGGGAAUAAUCAGUAGCGACCGCCGCCGGGUCAAGUCCGGUCCAGAGGUGGUGAGACUUCCCUCCUCCCCCCUCGGCCCCUUGUGACUCAGGGGUCCCCACUGCGGAGCGUCGGACGGGAUUUCUCCGGGAUUUUAGAGUCGGUGCGCAACAGCGAGCGAAGCAGGAGGCAGGUGCACGGGAGAGGACAGGACAGGGGGAGGAAGAGGAGGAGGGCUGCUUGUAUUUCCGCGACUCCUGUCGUUCACACAGGGCUGGAUGAUUGGAAAUCAACUGGUUGGCUGCUCGGUGGUCGAUCUGUGGUAGUUUCAUUAGUAUGCGGCUGGAGUCCCCCCCUGCUGCCGACAUCCAGCCCGAGGACUGAUCGGCAGCCCUGAAGUCUCCUCCGUGCCUGCUGAGUGACUCCUCGCCCCGGGGAGGAGGAGGAGGAGGUGGUGAAGGAGGCAGCAGUGACAGGACCCCGGCUGCAGCGACUGUUUUGCGGAGCAGUUUUCACGGACGCGGCGCGGACCUCCUCUCAUCGUGGAUCAAGAAGAUGAUGGGCUUUCUGCGCCGGACGUUCAGCCGCCGCUCCCUGAGCCGCUUCCAGCAGAGGGAGAGGGAUGAGCGGGACGCUAAAGGAGGAGGAGGAGGGGGGGCAGGAGGGGUAUCCGGGAACCCCCUGCUCCUGGCCCACCAGCAGCAGGUCGUCCACGCGCCUGCCGUGGUCACCGGGGGAUCGUCGGUUCACAUCCCGGCCGCCGGGACGGCGAGGACCACCAUCACCUGUCGGGUCCUGCUGUUGGACGGCUCGGAUGUCAAUGUGGAAUUGCCCAGCAAGUCCAAAGGCCAGGACCUUUUCGACCAGAUCAUGUAUCACAUAGAUUUGGUUGAGACAGAGUACUUUGGAUUGCAGUUCAUGGACAUGGAUCAAGUUUCACACUGGUUGGAUAUGUCCAAGCCUAUAAAGAAGCAGAUCCGAGACGGUCCGCCGUACAAGCUGUUCUUCAGGGUGAAGUUUUACUCUUCAGAGCCAAAUAACCUGCGUGAGGAAUUUACAAGGUAUCUGUUUGUGUUGCAGCUUCGACAAGACAUUCUGUCUGACAAGUUGAAAUGUCCGUAUGAUGUGGCUAUAGAGCUUGCGGCAUUUUGUUUACAAAGUGAGCUGGGAGACUGCGACCCCUUGGAGCACUCUCCCGAGCUGGUGUCGGAGUUUCGUUUCACACCCAGACAGAGCGCGGCGAUGGAGGCAGACAUCUUCAACCAGUGGCUGACUCUCAGGGGAAAGAGCCCUUCUCAAGCAGAGAUUUCUUUUCUCAACAAAUGCAAGUGGCUGGAACUUUACGGAGUAGAUAUGCACUUUGUCAAGGGCAGAGAUGGAGGAGAAUAUGCACUGGGUCUCACUCCAACUGGCAUCUUGGUAUAUGAGGGGGUCACCAAAAUCGGACUUUUCUUUUGGCCCAAAAUCACUCGGCUGGACUUCAAAAGGAGUCGACUCACGUUGGUGGUGGUGGAGGACGACGAUCAGGGUCGGGAGCAGGAGCACACCUUCGUGUUCGAGCUGGCCAGCGCCAGGAGCUGCAAACACCUGUGGAAGUGUGCCGUGGAAAGUCACGCUUUCUUUCGCCUGCGCCAGCCGACGGCAGGCAGGGCCGGCCGCAGUGACUUCACGCGACUCGGGUCCCGCUUCAGAUUCAGUGGGAAAACAGAGUACCAGGCCACUCAUGGAGGCAGACUGAGGAGGGCCAGCACAUUCGAGAGAAGGCCGAGCAGGCGCUACCCGUCCCGCACACAGUCGCUGGGCAAAGUUGCGAUUUCACCAGCCAAGCCUCCACACAUCAGCUCUCACGCCAGCCCCAAUCCAAGUCUGCAUCAGUACCAACACAACAUUCCCAUUGGUCACGAGCCCUGGCAUCCACCCCACCCCACGCUCACUUCCUCAGUUUACCUGCAGCCCUCCAGACACACACCACCUCACAGGCCUUCCUUUGAGGCUGAGAGUCCGGUGUCCAUCGUUCCCCCCGUCCCGGAGCGAAAGAGCAGCAUCGCCAAAGGAUCCGUGGCUGUGGUUAACAGGGAUAAGGUCAUGACCGAACUUUGACCUCCCUCUUAACCCAGGAAUCUAUUUCAAAACUCACACUGGCACAGACUGGCAACCCCCAAAGAGAGACGCUCCGGUGACGGAGCUGUCUCCGUUCAUCCUCGUGAAAUGUCCCACAUCUUCAUCCAUUUGUCACAUCAUCUCAUGUGUUUCAGUGUCUGCAUACUAGAAAAAAAGCAAAAAAACCACACACCCCCAUCAAGUGCAAAGGACUUUAUCGAGCAGGAUGGAGGUUUAUAAUGUUCAAGGGGGUCACGUGGAGGGAGAGCUGUGCAAAGACAUCGGGUGAGGGGACUUGAAGUUAUUUAUUGUGGUUACGCAGCGGUGACACAGAUCACGAAGGCGAUCGAGGUAAAGAGCCUCUACACCUCUGAUCGUUACAGUUUACUCAUUCUGCGGGUCAUAGCUCAGUUUUUAUCAUCACAUCCUUUUAGACACAGUGUGCCUUCAUCUUAAUAAUAAAGCUGCAAUUACAGGAUUUAAAAAUGCACCACUCCUGUCGUUUAAAGGGGACCUGUUAUGUUUGUCCUUGUGUUUUUUCAUAUGCGCUGCGGAUUAUAUGUUACGAUGGAGGAUUUUUCUUAUUAAACACAGAGAAAGUUAUAAAUGAGUCAGCUCAAAACACUCAGAUUUUUUUCCAUAUUAUUUCCCUGUGAUGUAAUCGAGAGCGGAUGUUCCUGCCUGCUGUUGAAACCUCCUGAUUGGUGGGGCCAUUGCAGGUUGUGCACAAAUGACCGGGGAAAUAAUACAGAGUGAAACGGAUAAAUACGAUUUUUGCAGGAAAAGAGUUUGCUAAUGCUAAUUUGCUGAUGUUUAAAUAAAUAAAUUAUUAUUAUUCUUUUUUAAUUGAUUGCUUGAAAAAUAUAGGAUUAAAGAGAGAUGAGCUAAACAGCCUUAUUCCAACAGGAUGAACUGAGAAGCUGCACCAAGGUCCAGUAUAAGAUACAUAAGGGUUAUUUUCAACUCAAAGUCAUGCAUGAAGCUGGAAAUGGGCAUAAUUGCUCCUCUGUAAUGAUAAAACAAGAAUGUGGUGCAUUUUUAAAGUCUUUUUGAGGAUAUUUUCAAAUAAUGUCGAAAGCAUCUUGUAUAAAAAUCAAGAUUGUGCCUGAGAAUUUAGUUUAUUUUCUUAUGAAAAUAAUCACAUGUGAUUAGUUUUCUGUACACUCACAGGGACGUUCAAACAGGAAGCUCUUAAAUGUAACUUUAGGUGCUGUAUUAGGUGGCAAUUUGCUAAAAUAUAAGUAAACUAAAGGCCAAAAAACAAGCUAGGAAUUGUUGAAAUAAGACGAUAUAUUUUAAUUUUGUUGCACUUUAAUAUUGUUAUUAUUUAAUUAUGGCUCUAAAUGCCCAGUCGACAUAGCUCUUAUAUUUCUCAGACACUCUGCUCUUUCCAUUCAGACAUUCAGCGUCAUAUUUAAGAAAAAAAAAAAGACGCCAGUGGAACAGAAAUAAGACAAAGAUAGGACUGGGUGUGAUACGUUUGUGCCUUGCUUUGCUUGUGGAUGUUUUAUGUGAUUAUGGUUGCUGUGCUCAAAUCUCAAAUCUACCUUUAAGAGUGCUUUUGUGUUUGUUUCUUUGUUCGUUUGCAGUAAAUCGUGUGGCAUCUAAAUUAUUUAAACUCACUUUUGAAAUAAAGUGUUGUGAGUGCUGAAUAAAGUGAUCCUGAACAGGUGGAAGGGGUCCAGUCCUGCACUUAGUGAAUGCUGGGUUAGGGAUUAAGCUGCUUUGUGUAUAAUUUAUAGUUUUCAGUGUGAACUUAGAAACAUGAAGCUGAAUCUUGCAUUUGUGGUGUUGUGCUUUCAGAGUGAAUAUUUGUUUUUGUUUUUAUGAAUAAACAUUAUAUUAAUGUUA